AUGGUAGACCCAAGUCUCUUCCCAGGGAUUGCUCCCCCGGAACCCGAUACAAUGAUGACGAUGCCAAUGAUGGACGACGACGACGACGACGACGUAGCCAGCAACAUCUCCGCCGACUCCGACGCGCUCGAGCUCCGCGCCGAAGUCGAGCGCUUCGACCUCCAGCAAGAAGCCUUCGUCGCCCGCCAGCGCGCCGAAGCAUUGGGUAUCCCCUACCAAACACCACCAGCGCGCAAAAAGGGCGGUCCCGGGGGCCGCAAACGAGGUAAACCUCGCAAGUCAACAGGCCCCCGCAAGGCCGCCAAGCUGCCGCCCGACAUCCAGUUCCGCAUGUCACUCGCCAACGAGGCGUUCCAGCAGAAGGAGUACGACCGCACAGUGGCGCACCUCUCCGAGAUCAUCCGCAUCAACAGCGAGGUGUUCAGCGCGUGGAUGCUGCUGUCGACGGUGCACGAAACACUCGGCCACCGCGAGCAAGCGGUAUGGUGCCGCAUCUCGGCGGCCCAUCUCACGCCGCGUGAUGUGCCGCAGUGGAUCUCCACGGCCGAGUACGCGCUGGAGUGUUUGGAGGCGCUGGAGGAGGGCACGCCGGAGCGCGAGGAGAUGUUGCAGCGGGCGUAUGUGUGCUAUACCCAGGCGCUAGAGACGGACCGCGCGAAUAUUACGGCGCGGACGGGCCGCGCGGAUGUGAUUAUGAUGCAGGGGAAUGCGAGUAAGGCGUUGGCGGAGUACCAGAAGGCGUUGAAUUAUCGGCCGUGGAAUAUCCGUACCGUGCGUAAUAUUGCGGAUGUUGCGCUGGAUGUGAAGGAUAGGAGGAAAGGAGCGGAGAUUGCGAGGGGCGCGUAUCGUCGGUUGGUGGACCAUUUGCAGAGCGAGGGUACGUUUGAGGCCGAGGAGGGCUGGUUUGAGUGGUCUGACUUGCGGAUCUAUCUCGAGUUCUUUACGAUCCUGGAGCAAUGGCAGCAGGGCGCGCAGGAGCUGAAGGAGAUAUCCCGGUGGUUACUAGGCAGACGGGAGGAGAUGUACUGGGAGGAGUGGGCCGACGAUGACCGAGAAUGGGAUACCAUCGACGACAGACGGGUGAUGGUGCCCGGAUACGAGCCCGCCAAGUUCCCUCUGGAAAGCUACGGCAAUGGGCUGCCGCCCGACCUGCGCGCAAAGCUGUACGUUUUCCGCUGUAAGCCGGGACUGGAGUACGAGGCGGACCUGCACCUGCAGCUGCUUGACCCGACGCGACAGGAGGAUUUUAAGGAUUUCCCAGACUGUCUGAAGGACAUCGCGGUUGUGUUGCUGGACCGGGGGCGGGCGGACGACGCCAUCCGGUAUCUCGACCUCUACCGGAACAUCGCGGCGGACACGGGGGAGGCGGCGCUGGACGCCGACUUCUCCGUCUGCCAGGGCCGGUACCACAUGGCACGCGGCGAGAAAGCCGCGGCGGAAGAGUGUUUUAUUGCCGCGAUCGAGGAUGACGAGGAUCAUAUUGAGGCUCGCGUGCAGUUGGCGAACAUGUAUGAGGGCGAAGAGAUGCAGGAAGGGCGCGAGGAGGCGUUCUUACUGGUACGGGAAGCGAUGAACUUGGAAGCGAGGAGGGGGGAUGGCACAGGACGACGCCGGGGUCCGUAUGGACCCAGGAAGCCUAGGGAGGGCAAGCCGCGGCCGCGGAAACCGAGGGAUCCAAACAGAAAGUCUAACUACGUUCCCCGGCGACUCAUCAACGAAGAGAAGAGGCGACAGCAAGAACUCGAGAUGACGGCCGAGGCGGUCAAGAACUUUGAUCUCCUCCGCGAAGUCCAGGACUCGGCCUUUGCCGGGGAUGAGCAAGCCCAGACCGACUGGAUGAAAGCGGCCAAGCACCUCAUCGACGACUUCCGAUCGUACAAGCAGUUCUACCCGUGGGAGAAGUACAUCAAGUUCCUCGGGUAUGCAGCCAACGUGCAAGGCGGCGGGGCAGCAGUGCCGGCUAGAAAUCUAAAGCUAGCCGCCAUGGAAGAACGUCUACGUCUCAACCUCGCGCCCGCAGAGGGCCAGGACCAGACCAUCCGCGUGCCCAUCAAGUUCCCCUCCGACCACCGCGGCGUCUCGUUCCACACCUGGCUGGACCUGUUCCUCAACUACGCCUUUGCGCUGGUCCGCGCCGGCCACCAUCGCGAGGCCUACGUGGUCUGCCACUCGGCCCGCGACUCUAUCGUGUGGACGUCGAGCGAGUCGACUUUUCUCAUCCACGUCGCGUGGGCGUCGUGCGCCGUGUACGCCGGUGAUGAAGAGACCUGCGUGGCCAUCGCCCGCUAUUUCAUGCGCGACUACAUGCCGGGCACCGAUUCAUACCGCAUGUUCUCGGCCAUGUGCCGCGUGUGUCAGACCCCUGUGUCGUGGUACACCUCCGGACCGGCGCAAAAGUUUAUUCUGCGACAGAUCAAAACCAUGGAUACCAUCGUCAUGCGACAAGACGGUGCCGACGACCCUGACCACCAUCCCCAACACCCCGAGACCACGGGGAAUGAUAGCAGUAACAACAACGCCAACGCCAACGGCGAAAUAGCCCUCGACGUCGCCCUCCUAACAAUCUACGGCCACAUCCUCUUCACAACAACCUCCUACACCUACGCACUCUCCUACUUCGCCCGCGCCGCCUCGCUCGACCCCUCCAACCCGCUCAUCAACCUCAGCACGGGGCUCGCAUACGUACACUACGCCCUCAAGCGCCAGGCCACCAACAGACAGUACCUGCUCACGCAGGGGUUUGCGUUCUUGUUUCGGUAUUAUGAGGAUCGGUUGGCUGCUACUGCUACUGCUUCUGAUUCUAUGGAGAGUUUUACGGCUACGGCUAAGGGGAAUGUGGCGCAGAGACAGGAGGCACAUUUUAAUAUUGCGCGGGCGUACUCGCUUGUUGGGUUGACGGCGUUGUCGGUGGAGUAUUAUAAGAAGGUUUUGGCUGAGGGGAAUGGAGAUGGAAGGGGGUUGUUGGGAGACGAGGACUUGAAAGUGGAGGCCGCGUUUAACAUUCGCACGUUGUGUUAUCUGCUGGGGGAUAUUGAGGGGGCGAGGGCGGUUUCGGAGGAGUGGUUGGUUUUGGAGUGA